ACAGCGAAUAGUAGAAUAUGCAGAAUUUAUUUUUAAUUCUAGGAGUAUUUUUUUUACUUAUAAUACAAUGUAUUUAUGGAAGUCAACAGCCUAAUAUACUACUAGUAGUAGCAGACGAUUAUGGUUUUAAUGACAUUGGUUACCAUGGUUCUGAAAUAUUGACGCCUACAUUAGAUAAAUUGGCGGGAGAAGGUGUUAAAUUAGAGAAUUAUUAUGUACAACCUAUCUGUUCACCAACCAGAAGUCAAUUAUUAUCAGGGCGUUAUCAGAUACAUACAGGAUUACAGCAUGCCAUCAUCUGGCCAUGUCAACCUAAUGCUCUACCUCUAGAAGAUCUUACUCUUGCUGAUAAACUACGACAGACCGGAUAUGCCACUCAUGCCGUGGGAAAAUGGCAUCUUGGUUUCUACAAGGAAGAAUAUUUACCAAUAAAUCGUGGUUUUGAUUCUUAUUUCGGUUAUUUAACCGGCAGUGAAGAUUAUUUUAAUCACGAUACGUGUAAUUUUCUUACAAAAGACAAAUAUUGUGGCAUUGAUAUGACCAAGGGCAGAUCACCAGAUAUCACAGAAACUGGGAAAUAUUCAACUCAUCUGUUCACAGAGAGAGCUAUUGAUAUUGUUAAAAAUCAUAAUAAAUCUAAGCCUUUAUUUCUGUAUAUGCCUUAUCAAGCUGUACACGAACCUUUAGAGGUACCUGCUAAAUAUAUGAAACCGUAUGAAUUUAUUAAAGAUGGAAACAGACGUACCUAUGCAGGAAUGGUAUCCUGUAUGGAUGAAGGAGUAAAGAAUUUGACAAAUGCCUUUCAAGAAGCUGGUUUAUGGGAUAAUACCAUUUUAAUUUUCACCACAGACAAUGGAGGGCUGGUUUAUUCUGGUGGAAACAACUGGCCACUAAGAGGAUGGAAAGCAACUUUAUGGGAAGGUGGUGUUCACGGCAUUGGUUUUGUUCACAGUCAGUUAUUAAAACAAAAAGGUGUGGUCAAUAAAGAUCUUAUCCACGUUUCUGAUUGGUUUCCUACAAUUAUCAACCUUGCUGGUGGAUCUUUAAAUGAUACCAAGCCAGAUGGGUUCGACCAGUGGAAAACAAUUAGUGAAGGAGAAAUUGGUAAGAGAACUGAACUUUUACAUAACAUAGAUCCCAUGUAUUACCACAGAGGAUCCAGGGUAUCUCCAAAUAAAUUUGAUACACGAAUCCGAACAGCUUUUCGUCUUGGUGAUUGGAAACUGAUGACAGGAGAUCCAGGUAAUGGUAGCUGGAUUGCACCACCAGAAAUACGUAAGGAAUCUCGGCUUGAUUCUUCACCAAAAGACAAGAAUGUCUGGUUGUUCAAUAUAUUAAAGGACCCUAACGAGAACCAUGAUUUAUCUGAGGAAUAUCCUGAUAUAGUUGACAAGAUGUUAGAUAGAUUAUCAUACUACAGUCAAACAGCGGUACCUGUCAGAUUUCCUGAAGCUGAUCCCAACUGUAAUCCAGCUUUACGAGGUGGUGUCUGGGGCCCAUGGGAAUAAAGACAUUAUUAACUUUCAACUUUGUUUUUUUAAAAUUUU